AUGCAUGGAGGAACUCAGCUAUCGCUCUCCUACAUUCGAAGGACUUUCUGGAUUAUUGGAGGUCGUGCUCCAGUGAAGUCCUUCUUCAAAGAUUGUCUCAUUUGUGCUCGAAUACGUGGAGGGAGAGCACAACAACUCAUGGCUCCACUCCCGGCAUCUCGAGUGACACCAUCUCUCGUGUUUGAGACUACAGGGCUGGAUUACGCCAAGCCAGUCACCAUGAAGACUUUUCAAGGCAGAGGUGCAAAGUCCUUCAAGGGUUGGAUAGCCGUGUUCAUAUUCUUCUCCACCUCUGCCGUUCAUCUCGAAGUAGUCUCUGACUACUCCACCGAAGGAUUUCUCAAGGGAGCAAACAAGCAGCUUAAGGAGCUACUCUUAGCUGCAACGAAGGAAUCCCUCAAGAUCCAGAGACUUCUCGCUAAUGACAGCACUAAGUGGAUCUUCAACCCUCCAGCGGCACCACAUAUGGGCGGAAAAUGGGAGGCGGCGGUAAAAUCAAUCAAGUAUCAUCUCAAACGAACCAUCUCGGAUACGUUGCUAACGUUCGAAGACUUCUCCACGUUCUUAGCUCAA